AUCUUCAAGCGUGCUCGUCGCCACGAGCUCACACGCUCCGUCGUGGACGCGGUCAAGGCGAUGUAUGGAACAGAGAGACGGGCUUCGGACGUCGGCACUCCUCCACGUAGAUCUCUAUCUCGUGGACAUAGCCACUCCAGAUCUCGCUACCGCAGAGACCAUCCCGUCACGAACCUUCCUGCCGAGCUCCUCGCGCACGUCUUCGUCCUAGGCUCCGAGGAUGACUCCAUGUUCCCCUUGGCCGUCUCGCACGUAUGCCGGGCCUGGCGCGCCUCGCCCUGCACACACCAGCGUUGUGGCGUCGUGUCGCGCUCGACGGAAGGCUGCACAUGUGGCAGCAACGCAUCCUCCGCGCGAAAGCCUGCACGCUGGAUAUUCAGCUCACUGCCCACCUCCAGGAUUCGGUGAUAUCAUCGUUGUGCCCAUCCUCGACGCGUAUACGGUUGUGCAGUACAUGAACGUCGUGACGCCACUGAUAUCUCGCUGGAGAAGCCUCGACAUCAGAUUCGACGCAUACGCGCCCCAAUUAUGGAGCGCAGCGCUCUCGGCUUGUUGCGCGCAAUCCCCGGCAACACAUGUGCCCUUCAUACGGGAACUCACAUUGAUCUAUCCAGGUAAUGAUGACACGCGGGAAUUCGUGUUGUUUAAUGGCAGCGCACCCAGGCUCCGACGAGUCACGCUCUGCGGCAUCCGUCUCUCCUGGACGCGGUCGCUGUUCCAGGACCUCGCAUACCUCGACUACACUCACCAUGGCUUCACCCGAGGACAGGACGCUGCAGCGGAGGUGCUCGCGAUGCUCCGCGUCUCCUCCCACCUGCACGAGCUGCGGCUCUCCUUUCCGUGGCGUGGCGACUCGCAUUCCGUCUCCCCGCACUCCGUGCCGCUCACUGUGGUCCUCCCUCGCCUCCUCACGCUCGUGCUGACCGUCGAAGGCCCAGAGAUCCCCAACGCGUUCCUGACUGUCCUCGCGCACGUCUCUUGCCCGGCCCUGCGCACCCUGCGCCUGUACUCGACGUACCCGUUCCUCCGCCCGUCGUUGUUCCCGCGCCUCCGGCAUGUCUCACGGGUGCUGCCGCCUCUCCCCGCGUUGGAAGUCCUGCACAUAGAGCAUGGGUGGCUCGACCCGCGCUUCAUCUUUCCGCUGCUGCUGAGCUUACCGCGGCUGCGACACCUGACCCUGAAGGGCGUGCGCGUGACGGGCCCAUUCCUGGUCGGGCUUGCGGAGAACCUAUCCGCCAGGCGCGCCCACACGAGCCUCGCUUCGAGGCUGAAAGUGCUGGAGGUCAUCGGAUGCGACCUGCUGGGCGCUGACGUAGUGCAGGCCUUCCGCUUGAAGCCGGGAUGGAGCAGGCAUGGUAUCGAGACGAUUCUCAUUCGGGACUGCCCUGGGGUUGGGCCGACGGCAAUUGGAAAGCUGGGGGGGUUGGGUAUGGACGUGACGAUCUGGCCUGCUGGGGGAAGAGGUGAGAGUGGAACACAGAGGAAGGUGCUGUACCGCUAGAUAUGAUGGACCAGUGAACUGGCGUUGGACCUGCAAUCUGUGAAUCAUCAGUCGAAGUCAUUACGAUACCCCACUUCAGCAACCAUGACAUUGUCCCGCAAUCGAGUACAUGCACUUCAGAUACCAUACAACACUAGGACAGCCUAUGUACUUCAAUCUAUAUCAUUGCUAUAGGUAUGCAGAUUGUGGUAUAUGUUUGAUCGAGAAAUUGUGCCGAGCUGAAGAUGCCAGGUUAGCACGUAGACGGGUUGACGGCGGUGUAUCCGCCAUCGACGGCGAUCUCCUGGCCAUUGGUGUAGCACCCGGCCUUCGACACGAGAUAAACGACCGUCCCAGCGAUCUCCUCGGCACUAUG